AGCCGGAACGAGAGGGUCAGGUUAGGCGGGUCUGCUGGGCUGACAGCGCAUUGAAAACAGCGUCGCGCUUUCGUAGUAUAUCUCAUCGACGAAGGUUAACUUUUCGACAAUCUCGGGGUGGCCCUUAACGAUUCUCACAUCUUCUCGCGCGCGUGUGUGACGAUAUGGAAGGAGUCAGAAAAAGACGUCAGUUUACGUAAAAUCCAUUUCGUUCCUUAUACUACAAUAAAAAGUGAGAAGAGUCACGCUCGGGACACAGUAAAAGGGAAUAAAGGAGAAAGAGAGAGAGAAAAAGAGAGUGAGGGAGAGAGAGGAGAGAUACAGUAGAAAGAGAAAGAGAGAAGUGAGAACACGAAUAAGAGAGAGAGAGAGAGAAAGAGAGAGAGAGAGAGAGAGAGAGAUAGAUAUAUAGAAAGAGAAAGACAAACUGCUGUAAAAGUAAACGAAAAAGAAAGAAAAAACAUGGCUCGUUUUCCGGCGACGAAUGUGUGUUUUCCUUCAUCGUCGUCCUUUCGUAUUAACUCCACUUUCUAUUCAUCAUUAUUAUCAUCGUUAUCGUCAUCGUCGUCGUCGUUGUCGUCAUCAUCAUCAUCAUCGUCAUUAUCGUCAUCAUCAUCUUUGUCGUCGUCGUCGCCGUUGUCGUCAUCAUCAUCAUCAUCAUCGGUACUCUCUUCGUUGUGAAGUCUCGCCGAUCUAUGCCCAGGGGUUCUCAACUCGGGAGUGGUGGUGAAUACACGCACGUUCACACUUACUCGAUGUAAGUACUAACAAAGGUAUGGGAGGAGUUAGGAUUAAGGGAUUAUAUGUAGCAACGACAACGACACAACAACACAACCACAAGACGUCAGCGUGAGGACGCAUCGUAUUUUGCGUCGUCGGCACCACCCGGACGUACGAGCGCAAAUUCGAUGCUUUCUCACGUAAUGAGAGGAGAAAGAAAGAAAGAGGAAGAAAGCAAGAGAGAUAGAUAGUAAGAUAAAGAGUAGGGGAGGCACAUCAUUACGAGCCAAGUAUGACGAUAUCGUGCAGUGAGAACUUGACUUAACACUUUUCAUGAACAAUUUUCAUGAAAACUGAUCGUUUCUUUUAUACUGCAAUUAAAAAACGUAUCUUCGUUUUAAAAUAAAUCUGUAUAUAUAUUUAAUCGUCAUGAUUUUUUUGAUAUUAACCUAUGGAUUUCUAUCGUGGAAAUAUAAUUAUAAAAAUAUUUUUCUAUUAGAAUCUCUCCUUUCCUCUCUUCUUCCCCCUCACCUAUCUAUUUCUCUGCGUCUCAAUCUAUUCUAUUUAGAACAUGUAGCAAUACGUUCGUAGGAAGGAUCCAUAUUUGGAAGGUAUAUACUUUCAAUUCUGUUUUGUUACGUCCUUGAGGAGAGUAGAGAGACGAAAGGGGAGGCAGGUGCGUACAAGAUCGUUGAGUCUAUGCAUGGGAGCUUGGAAAUGCAAAAGUAUUCUCUAUAUAUUUAUAGUAUCAAGAUGAAAUUCAAUUCUGUAGUCAAUAUAUACAUUCUUAUUUGCGUAUGUAUAUAUUGAUCUUCUCUACAAAUGUGUCUUUUACGCGGGCGUUUUCUACGACUCCUUGUAACAACAAUGAGAACAGGGUGCUCAGUAGUAUCAUCCCUUAUUUUGUAAACAGUAUGUCGGUUGAACGACACUCAAACCUGGCCGACUGACAAUACGAUUAGCUUCGUUUACUUCUCGAGUAAACCAAGAGAACGACAGCAGGAGGGUUAAAACUGUCGCAGACGUUUGCGUCUAUCGUUGCGAUAGGAGGGAGGAAGGGGUGGACAAUGAUACUGAUUUGCGUAUGUUUCGUUUCCACGCAUGCAAUUCUACCCUCUAUUUCUUUCUCUCUCUCUCUCUCUCUUUCUCUCUCUCUCUCUCUCUCUCUCUCUCUCUUUCUCUUUCUCUCUCUCUUUUUCUUUUCUUUUUCCCCUUUUGCAAGAGGAGUAAGUUUGAUAAAAGCUUCGAAUGGAAUACAUUUUACGUAUCGUAAAAUAUCAUCGAAUAGGCAACUGAGUAACUCCUCAAUAUUCGUUCUGUUUUACCGAUACGUACAAUUUAUAUCAAAAUUUCUCUUCGUCGAUAAAUCUAUAAAGAACAUAUGUAGUCAGAUUUCAAAAGUAGAUUUCGUUUAUCGAUCGAGUUAAAUGAAUUAAAACAAAAAAAUAAAAAAAGAAAGAAAAACGAUAAUUUACGCUUCUCUCAGAUACUUUCGCAAUUACAUACGUAUUUUCUUCUUUCUGCAAAGAACAUACAUAUAUAUGUAUAUAUGCGAACACACAUGCGAUCACAUUAUAGAGUAGCUUGCCUCCACAUAACUCUUCGAGGGUCUCUUUAAGCAGACUCGUCAUGACCCCUCGCGUAUCAUCCUCAUGUCGCACCCAUUGCGUAAGCUGGUACACCAAGAAAAACGAUCUUUGCGUGUCGGCGGGAUAUCUCUGGCAAUAAACGCAUAUUUAGACCAUAUGUACUGAAAUAUCCAAUAAAAAAAGAAAAUGAAUAGAUAAAAAUGAAAAGGGAAAAUAAUAAUAAUAAUAAUAAUAAUAAUAAUAAAAAAAAAAAAAAAAAAAAAAAAAAAAAAAAAAAAACAGACAUCUCGAAAACGUGUCGAAAUAUUUCGUUUCUUGAAAGAACGAAAUAUAUGUAUAUAUAUAAUAUAUACAUACACACACUUCCACAAUAAAUGUAAUUUAAACACAUCAUUCACAAUAUGUCUUGUUCGUUACGUUCGUCGAAUAAUCUAAAUAUUUCAUUUUUAUUAAUUAAUUCUUCACUUUCUUUCGUUUCCUCUUUCUCUAAUUUGUUUCUUCAAUGUUCGCACGGCAUCACACUAGAAAUGCCAAGCGCGUGCCAUGUCCUAUUGUCGGCUUCGGUUUCGCACGUGCGAGUCGUUACGACGUAUGUAUAUAUAUGUGUAUGUGUGUAUCUAUAUAUGUAUGGAUAGAUGUAUCUAUCGCGUUAGCUUUCACGCAAUUCUCCGAGAGGUUUAUACUACAGUAAAUCCAUGAUUUGUAUAUAUCUCGGUCACAUACUAAUGUACAGAUUUGUCAGUUGGGCGAUAUUAGCGUGCGAAGAUUUGCGUUUGAAUUUGCAGGCAGAAUCUGCAUCCUAUUCGUCUCCGCUCGACGAACUCGCCAUGCUGAAAUUUCAGUCGUCGUCGUUAUCUACUAUUCUCUAUACCUAUAUGUAUGAUAUAUGUAUUGUGUAUAUGUAGUAUGUGUUUGUACAAAUUAUGUGUGUUGGUCUACGUAUAUGUACGCUCUUUUCUCUAUAUAUCAUAUAUAUUAUGUAUAUAUAUAUAUAUAUAUAAGCGCACUUUAGUAGUAUGGUGUACGGUCACCACUCUUCUCGUAUCUGCUUUUAGGCGGCAGGAUGACGAAGCCCAAACAGGCUCGAGUCGAAUCAACUUCUAUGGAUUCGACUUUAUCGAUCGAGUUUAUCGUCGAAGAAACCACGCACACAUAUUAUAUAUAUAGUAUGUGUGUUUGUCUUAUAUAUAUGUAUAUAAGAAAGUUGAACCACCGCGAAGAAAACUGGUUUUUUUUUAUUUAUUAUUUAUUUAUUUACUUAUUUUCUUUCCUUUUCUUAUUUUUCUCGUUUGAGUUGAUCAUUCGAACUUUGUUAGAAGAAAUAUAUUUCUCGAAGAUCGUAUAUAGUAUCGUAUAUAAUCGAAGUGACUCGGUUUCUUCGGGGGAGAAAAAAAAUUCGUUACGUUACUCUCUUAUCUCUUUUAAUUAGCCCGAUCUUGGGCUUCUAAGUCAUUCUACGAUGCGUAGCAGUCUCGCGUCUCGAGCGAACGGAUGUGGCUUGGACUUUUUACUUGCGGCUUUCUUACAUUUUUAUUUCCGUUGCACUUCACGGCCGCGAAGGAGACUCUGCGCGAGAUCUUCCGAACUCGCGAAGAAAUGAAAUACAAGCAAAAAGAAGAAAGAGAAAAAGAAAGAUAGAUAGAUAGAGAGAGAGAGAGAGAGAGAGAGAGAGAGAGAGAGAGAGAGAGAGAGGGAGGGAGGGAGGGAGGGAGAGCGCGACUCAUCUUUCUUUCCUUCGUCGGUUAAGCUCGCGCAGCCGGAUAUUCUCCUCUUCGUGAAAGACAGAUUCUUUCUUUGUGAAAGAGAGGAGCGAGCUCCGAUGAUGAACCAACCGGUUGAUGAAGAAGGGUGGCUCGUUCGUUCGACCGGAUACCACGUUAUUUGUCUCGGUGAUUAUGAAAGUGUCCAACUCACCUAUUUUAUUUGCAUUUGAGAUGAUUCAAUUAUUCGUAUAACCAUAAUCAUGAAAAGAAAGAAAAAGAAAGUGAGAAAAUAAAAAUAAUAAAAAUAUAAAAAAGGAAAGAAAAGAGAAAAGAAAGAUACACCAAAAAUAGAAAAAAUAAUAAAAAAAAAAAAAAAAAAAAAAAAGAUAAAUGAUUAACUCAAUGUUUUAACUUUCGCGAGUUCGUUCUCGACGAUUUCGAUUCUCCAGAAAAUGAACGGUCUCGCUCGACGAACACAAUCACAAAGUUAUAUUUCUUCGAUGGCGUUCAGAAGAAGUUUCCGCUACGAAAAAUAAACAUGGAAGAAUGAUUCGUUCGAGAGGAAAGUAAAGAUAUACUACCGUCAUCCUGGCACGUGGUAAACCGGGCCAAAGGCCUGGAUCCUCGUCCUCCUCGUCCUCGUCAACGGAGAGGUUGCAAAGGAUGCCAGGACCGGCGCAAGAGAGACCUCGCGCUCAUCGGCUCACCGACAUCGAGCCACAAACCGCGAAGGGAUUAGGAUGUAAUCGAACGGACGACUUUAGCACACCUGUAAGUUCUGGUAGCAACAUGGGGAGUAUUGCAAGGUUUCCGAAAUUGGACGAGUGCGCCCACUUUCAUUAUGAACACGUGGAGCUUGGUGUUUUGGAGGUCUCCGUGAGCGAAGGCACCAACGAAGCAGACACCUACGCAGUUAGGGUAACUUCCGGAGAUGCCUGUUGGACGCUCCAGCGAUCCUACGACAAUUUCUUAAUGUUCGACAAACAAUUGCAUCGAUGUAUCUUCGAUAGAAAAUUUUCAUCCCUUCCAAAGUUACCAGACGCCAGGCCUAAAUUACAUUGGGUUAUGAUAAAGGACUACCUUCAACGAUUCUCAUGCCUAGAUCACGAGGGUCUAAACUGCGGUCCUGUAUUAAAUUGGUUGCAACUCGACAACAGGGGUAGAAGGAUACUCGUGCCAGAAUCUGAUUCUUGUCCCAUAAACACACCGGCUGUUGCAGCGGCUUACGCUGUUAGGCCUUACGUGGCACAGGCACAGGAUGAAAUCUCAUUUCAGGUCGGAGAUAUGAUCUCGGUGAUAGACAUGCCACCACCAGGAGAAAGUACGUGGUGGCGCGGUAAACAUGGAUUCGCAGUCGGCUUCUUCCCAGCUGAAUGUGUCGCAGUAAUCGGAGACAAAGUUCCACGUCAUUUAACAGUCUCGGCGACGGUCAGAUCGAAAUUACCGGUAAAACCGGUGCUUAGAAAGCACGGCAAAUUAAUCGCCUUCUUCAGAUCGUUUAUCUUGAACAGACCAUCGAGGAGAAGAUUAAAGCAAUCAGGGAUUUUAAAGGAACGUGUAUUUGGUUGCGAUCUGGGUGAACAUCUUUUGAACUCCGGUCAAGAUGUUCCAACGGUUCUAACUUGUUGUGCCGAAUUCAUUGAAAAUCAUGGCCUGGUCGAUGGUAUUUAUCGGCUAAGCGGUGUCACCUCCAACAUUCAAAGACUAAGAAAUGCGUUUGACGAAGAUCGCGUUCCAGCGUUGCAUUCCGAUGAAAGUAUCCUCCAGGACAUUCACUCCGUGGCAUCUCUGUUGAAAAUGUAUUUCAGAGAACUACCGAAUCCUUUGUGUACAUACCAACUCUAUUCCACAUUUGUCAGCGCCGUUCAAGCCAAUAGUGAUGCUGAAAGAUUGAGACGAAUGAGAGAUGCCGUUAGAAAAUUGCCCCCACCUCAUUAUAGAACAUUAGAAUAUUUGAUGCGUCAUCUAGUAAGAGUGGCGGCUCGUGGUUCAGAAACUGGUAUGACUCCACGUAAUGUUGCGAUCGUAUGGGCGCCAAAUCUUUUACGAUGCAAGGAACUCGAAGUUGGUGGCGUGGCAGCUCUUCAAGGAGUUGGAGUACAAGCUGUAGUGACAGAAUUCUUGGUUUGUUAUGCUGAAUUAAUCUUUGGAGACGGACCGGUCGGUAGACCAAAGUCGUUAGCCAUUACGACACCUGCUCGUCUACUCAGUUUAGAGGAAGCACGAAAUAGAAGUGUAAGAGGCGAACCAGAUUAUAUAGAAGUUGGUGCUGGUCCAGCUGGUUUGCCAUUGCAUUAUCAUACAGUCAUAGAGUUGCCACGAAAGAGAAAUGGCUCGAAGCGUUCACCGUCAUUAAACUGGAGAGCUUUGUUCGGUAGAGGUGGCUUGGGUGGUACCAGAGGGAAGGCCAGACAAGUUGGCACGUCACCUCAAGUAGAAACGGUGCCAAGUUCCUUAAACUCUUUGCGACGAUUGAGACCUGUAAAAAGUGCCGAUAGCUUGGAUGGAGAGGACAGUUUGGGUCCUCUUUUAGGACCACCACCAGCGAGACCUUGCGGUCAUAGUAGAUCAGUCUCUCAUGACUCUUAUUUCGAUCAUUUGGCUGAUGCGCCAAAUGCGACAUCACCUCUGGAUCUUUCGGAGAUCCAGCUUAAUUUUGAUCUUGAAGAAAGAGAAAUGAGAAUGUUUUCAGAGGAGGAGAGUGCUGGUGUGGCAUCAGUCGAAGCAUCACCUCGACGACAGAGGACAGAAGGGACGCAAUGUCCUGCUGUAACAGGUGGUUCCAAGAGAAAACGAUCGAGACUCGAGGAACGAUUGCAUUGCGACGUCGAAUUACGUUUUAUUGAUAGUCAAAGUCCCGACCAGGUAAUGGUGUCCGCGGAUGUGCACAAUAUGGAAACGCCCUCUCCAUUGCCAACUCCAGGCUAUUUACCAUUAUUGUCCGAAGCAUCGACUCCUUUAACUCCUGCAACUUUACAAGGAACGUCUCACUCCACCUCACCAAUACCCGUCAAUAGCCCUAGGAUAAGUUUUCGAAGUUUUACUUUACCAUUAGAAAUUGACGACGAACAAAGUAAUACAAAUAAUUUGAACAGAGCUAGCGUGUCUUCCGAUAAAACAUCCGAUCCUAGUCAUAGGUUAUCAGUAAGUUUAAACGAACAGAAUAACGCUAAGUCAUGCGAAAGAAUACGUAGCUAUGAUAGACACGAGGAUUCUUAUAGUAACACAUUAAUAGACCCAUCAAAAGCUCGAAAUACCGAAGAGUCGACGGACGCUGGAAUAUCUGAUAUUCCAGAUCAAGAAAUGACCCCUUGCGAGAGGUUAAUAUCAUUGUGUAGUGAAGUUGAAUCCAGUAGAGUAACCUCACCGUCUAAGGAUAUAUCGGACGAGUCUGAGCUAUGUCCAAUCGAGAAAAAUAAAAUACCUACCGAUAACAAAGAUACAUCGAAUGCAAAGAAGCAAGAAACCCCUAAUAACAAUCGAUCUACCAAUUUACAGAAUCAAGAAAUGAUUGCCGAAAAUUCAGACGUACAUGGGCAUGAAUUGGCUGGCUUACCAUUAUCAAAUACAACUGAUCUAGAUUCCCCAAUGUCUUGUGAGCAAACUUUGGAAGAUUUGCCGGAUUCAGGAUUUGUAAUAUGCGAUAGUUCGGAUAAAAUAUUUACCAAUACGGAGACUCAACCAAUGGUAACUACUACGAAUGAUUCCGGUGAAUGGGUUAUUGUCGAGAGGACAACUGGCUCCAUAACAACGCCAAGCAGUGAAUCCAGUAGUCCUAAAGAUCCGUUAGAAGGCACUAUGAAUCCAGCGAUAGCUACGGAAACACCACAAUUGAGAUCUAUGUCGGAAAAUGUUUCACGAACAUCAUUGGACCUUACGAUGGGUUCUACGGUAGACACGGAUACUUCCUGUAUCGGAGCAAGCGAUUUAACUGAAAGUCCUGUUCUAGCACAAGUGUCAGGUGAUAUGACAUGCUGCGACGUUAACGAUAUUAAAGAUUACAAGGAUUUCGAAGGGCACGAAGAUACGCAGAGACCAUCCACGACAUUUACAAACGAGUUUACGAAUGAUCUUUCUUCCAUUUUACAGGAUCAAGACAAUGGUAAUGAGAAAGUUUGCGAGGUGAAUAUAACUGACAUCGAAUCGAAUGAGGAACGUUCCGAGCUAAAGAUAGACAAUUCUUUCGUUCGGCUAGACAACACGCAUUUACAUAGUACGAAUAAGAAUAAAGACAGCAAGAGAACAGAGUGCGAAGUCGAUAAGACGCAAAACAUGUUGCAACAGCAACAACAACAACAACAACAACAACAACAGCAGCAACAGCAACAAGAUAUACAACGAUCUAUAGAAAGUCAUCAAAAAUUACAAUACUCAAAACAUACUGAUCACCAAAGAUGUUCAAAACAGCCUGAUAAGAAUAAAGAGGUCCAUGAAAUCGAAACGGAUGGUGAUAAAGAGAUGUCGGAAAAGUGCCAAAAUUUCGAACAGCAGUCUCAAAAACAACAGAAAAAGCAAAGUCCGCAACAUAAAUAUAUUUCGAAACACGAGGGCGAGAGUUCUAAAAGAAACAAUAUACGCCAUUCGCAACUGCGUGAGAAUAUCGAAGUUGUGAUACCUUCGGAGAACGCAGCGGAACCUUGCGAGAUUGCACAUGUUCCAGAGGGUGCAUCAGAAGCAAUGCCGUUGGAUUCGUCCUUCUCCAAUAGUUCGUCACCAGUCGACGAUUCCAUCGUUCUGCGGGACACAGCUACCAUUUUACAAGAGUUGGCUUUACAGAGAUUAUCCGGUGGUAUGGUAGGGGAAUUAUCCAUUCCACCUUCUAGAAGAAGAUAUGAAACUGAGGUUACCAGAGAACGAAGAAGUUUCGAUUCAGAAAUUGGCCGAGAAAUCGUUAGAGAACGAAAAAUGCGUCAGGAGUUAGAUUCGGCAAGAGGUAAAUCCGAGGAACCACCUGUAAACAGCACACAUCACUUGCCACCCUGUUUGCGAGCUCGUCAUGCAAGAGCUACACGUGCCGCUUUAAGCAGAUCUCUCGACGAAGCAAAAUUCAAUCAGAUGACCGGUGAUACCUCAUUACCAGUAAAACAAGCUUCUGAUGACGUUCAGCACAGUUCCACGCCUAAUGUUGGCACCGUUACGAAUCCUUCUUCUAACAGUUCUGAGAAGGUUCAUUUGAAGAAUCUCGGUGGUCUCGACUUGGGUGACCCACAGUGUCGAGAAAGAAUAGAAAAGUACAAAGAGGAGAGGCGGACGUUUCUGAGAGACAAAUAUAGAUCGGAGAGUUUUCGUGGUAUGUCCUCGAAAGCUGAAGGUGACGGUGAACAGGCGUUGUUGGCCAGAUUAAAGCAGAGAACAUCAAGGCCGUCAUUUCAUUGACACUGAUCUGAUUCUCUCCUUGAAUUUCAGAAUAUAUAAUAUCUGCUACUUAAAAAGGCUGCCAAUGCACUGAUUCUUUUCUUUUUUCUUUUUUUUCCUUUUUUUUUCAAAAAUUCAAUUUGGAGAGUAAGACUCGUCUCGUCGUUGGCCGAAAUUAUUGAUUGUUUGAAUGAUGAUGAUCAAAUAUGAGAUAUAAGAUUCGCGAGAUUGCACUGUUAAGCUGAAACGUGCAAUAUAAUAAAUAAUUUUUUCUUUUUUUUUCUUUUUCUCCCUCCCCAUUUUUUUUUUUUUUUUUUUUUUUUUUUUUAAGGAAUUUAUUAACUUAUUAAACGAUCACAAGUAUAACUAAUUCCCUUUUUUUUCUUUUUUUUUUUUUCUUUUCCAUUGUUACGAAUUUUAAUAAUAAGAUAUUUUUUAUUACUAUUCCCAAAGAUAAUUCGCCCGUCGUUCGUAUUUAUUGUGUUAUUCUGUUAUCGGCUUCUAUUGUAUGUUUUACUUCGGACGUAUGUACCAGAGUUGUGUGUGUCUGCGAAAUUGCAUUUAUUAGUACGAAAGUAUAUUCAAGUGAGCACGUUAGAUUGUAUAGGAAUAUUUUUGAAACGCUUCUUUCGCCGCAAAUGCGUAUGCGUUUUCGUUGUUAAUACUGAUUAUAGAUGAGAUAUCUUUUUUAUAUUAUAAAACGUUGAUUGUCAAUGUUUAGUGUGAAAAUCGUUCGACGUUUUCUAUUAGCGAACUUUUGCGCCUUAUUGCUUCGUACUUUAAUGAACAAUUCAUUUGUAAAAUUUUUUACGCGUUGCUGUUAAUGUUAUUUCGAUCUCUGGUACACAUUUAUAAUGCUUCGUUUAUAUCUAUAAUGAAACGAGAACUCGAUAAAUCGUAUUUCUUUUUUUUUUUUUAUAUAUAUAGGUAUAUAUAUAUAUAUACACGAAAUAUUAAGUUGAGCAUUUUAUAAAAGUGUAACGAUAUGGUUACGUUCUUUUGUGGACUGGUCCCCAAUGGAUAUAUAUAUAUGUAUAUAUAUAUAUAUAUAUAUAUAUAUAUAUAUAUAUAUAUAACUUUUGUAUAUGCUCUUAUUUUUAUUUAGUCUUUAUGUAUAAAAAAAAAUACAUACACACAUAUUAAGUUAAUUUAUGGAUUAGCAAGAUUACGGUUAAAAAGAUGCGACUUGAAAUCAAGAUUACUAUUUGGAACCAAUUGUCUCGAAAUAAAAAUAAUACUCUGAAUUAAAAAGAUAAUAGAUUUUAUAUAUAUAUAAUAUUUUAUAUAAUAUAUAAUAUAUAUAUAAUAUAUAUAAUAUUUUAUAUAAUAUAUAUAUAUAAAAUCUAAGUAUAGAAUGGGUGGUUAGAUCGUCAUUAUAUAAAUGUGAUUAAUAUGAGUAUGUCGUCAUUUUGAGAUCUAAAGUAUGUUUUGACAAUUUUUAUCUAAUAAAUUUAAUUUACUUUUUACGAUACUUUAAUUGUAUCGCGACAGUAUGACAAGAAGUUAAUGUUCUUACUAUAAUGAUUCUAUUUCCUUGAAAAAAAAAAAAAAAAAAAAAAAAAAAAAAAAAAAAAAACCAUUUUG